AUGGACAAUUCCAGGAAUGCUAGUCUUAAACCAGUGCAAGCGUCCAACCUCCCCGCCUUGAUUGUUGUCCAAAGCGUUUUUCUUACACUGAUAAUGAUAGUUAGCGCCGUAGCUAACAGCUUUAUAUGUCGCUGUAUUCUGGUUCACCGAUCUCUACGAACGAUUACGAACUCUUUUAUCUUUAAUCUCGCGGCUACAGAUUUCUUGUUAUCCGUGCUGUGUAUGCCUUUUGCUUUGGUGUCCGCCAUCACCGGCCGAUGGGUAUUUGGCGAGGUCAUGUGUAAGCUUACAGGGUUUCUGAUCUCAGUUCUGUGUAUUGCGUCUAUUCUAACUUUGGUUUUAGUAGCUAUCGAUCGAUAUCUGGCGAUAUGUCGUCCACUGAAAUACUGCAUCCUAGUCACGCACAGGAAAAGUGUAAUGAUGUUGGUAUAUGUUUGGCUUCAUGCUGCUGUAUGCUCCAUUCUGCCUGUCAUUGGCUGGGGACAGGGCUACAAAUUUGUUGUUGAAGAAUCAAUUUGCCGGCCGGAGUUCGGAAAACCUACAGCUGAUAACGGCUACACAAUAUUUUUAUUCAUAACUUGUUUUGUUGGGCCAUUUUCAAUAAUCGCAUUCACAUAUGUCUCCAUUCUGUUCACAGCCAGGAGACAAUUUCGCCGGGUUCAUCAAGCCAAAGUGACCCCGCCUAACCCGAUUAACAGCACGCAACCAAGCAGUUCCCAACUCAACGUUAUCACAGACUACCAUGGUGAAACCACCAUUGCUCAUACGCCAGAAAACACUAUUGUAGGAGAAGAAAUAACUUCUGCGACUAACACCUCACGUUUCAAGAAGUUAUAUACCUCAAGGAUCAUAAAGAACAGACGACGGCAAAAGGCGAGGGGUUUUAAAAUGCUUUGGUUAAUUGUGGCGGUUUUUCUAAUCUGUUGGAGCCCUUACUUUAUUUUCAUAUUCUAUAGCUCUAUUCAUCACCGUCGUUUCUCCAGAACAGUCAAGGUACCAGUCAUGCUCCUAACGUUUCUCAAUAGUGCCUUAAACCCAUUUUUAUACGGGUUUUUGAACGGAAAAUUUCGGUCAAGCUUGUGGGAGUCAAUUGGAGAGAAGUUUGCUUUCUGCAAGUGGAAACAAAACGAGACAAAAUCGAGAGUGCAUCAUAUUAAUUGA